AUGCAUAAUAAUGGUGAGAGUAUCGAUUUCCCGGUAAAAAUGACUGAAAGCAAUAUUUUUCAGGAUUUUCGCCGUAUCAACAGUUUCCCACGUCGUUUCCGGUAAUUUUGAUUGAACUUCGAUAGAACUAUCGACUUUUAUACUCCAGAACCCUCAAAUGUCACGUCAGGAGCAGUGCGAGUGGUCGGCGCGCGACGAAUCAUGGCGAGGGUAUCGGCAAAAACGGUUGUCGCGGAAAAAUAACGAAAAUAGCUGGAAUUCCAGAAACGAACGAUCGGAGACAUGGACACCGGUCCGGACGACGAUUCCACCGUUGUUAAACAGCAAUUUUCAGCUUGGAAGAGGUAAAAAUUGGAAUUUGUCGAUGAAAACUCAAUUUUGCAGAUCGCGCACCGGCCGUCAUCACCGAUCAAUUUCUGGCGAGUUAUGGUGCGAAACGGUAAAAAUACGUAGUUUUCAUAAAAUUACGGCGAGAAAACAGGUUGAGCAACGGAAAUCUGAUGGAUUCGAACGGUUUUACGCUGCGAGUCCGGGAUCCGCAUUGUCAAGCGGUAAUUUCUCAAUUUUCCGCGUUUUCUCUAUUAAUUUUUGUGUUCUUCAGCCUUCUCCACCGUUAUUCAACCCUGGCAGAGCGGAGAGAGUUGGUAGAGGCGUAAAAAUCGAUAAUUUAUCGGCGGAAGACCUGGACAGGGUAAUUUUCCCGGGAAACUCGACAAAACCUAACCAAUGAGCAGUCUCAGAAGGCGAGAAAGCAGAUUCAAAUGAUGAGAAAGCUGGAAAAGGAGAAAAUGCGACGAAAACGACGUCAAGAGCGGAAAGACGACGAACAAGAGAAAAACGCGAAUUUUGUACCGUUGGGUGGCAGAUUUCCCUACAAAUCGCCGGAAAGGACGCCAACAGCUCGAAAAUUAGAUAAUAACUCGUUUAGGUUGGUUUUGAUACAAUUUUUCUGCAGAAGGUGAAAUUUUCACCUUUUCAGACCUCUUCCGACUCCGACUCCGCCCCUUUCAGCAAUUACGACGUCUCCGUCCACUUCCGCCUACACGCCUUCUCCGUCGCAUUUCUCCAAUCUUUCGCCCGUCUUUAUGCCAAAAUCGACCGAAGUGGCCAGUUUUGAGUGUGCAAAAGAGUCUGGAAAAGCGCUUUUGCUCCCGGAGCCCGCACAGCACGGGAGCACGCACGAAAUCGACGCAUUCGGAAUGCCGAUAGGUGGAAGACGGACGGAAGUGCGAUUUUCUAUUGACUUUUCAAAGAAAUUCAGAAAUUUUCGAGUUUUCUAGUGGAUUUCGAUAAACGAAAAGUGAAACAAAACCAAAAUUCGAAAACAAAACCAAAAUUUAUUUUAUUGCAGUUAACCAACGUGUUGCCGGAAUCCGAAAUGGACGCCAUCGCAAAACUUCGUGCAAUCUGCAAUCGACCUGGAAAUUAA